GGAGCGGCCGCCGGGACCUGUUGGGUGCCUCGUCGUCACCCUUAACUCUUCCGAGUCCGGCGGCGGCGGGAGCGGGCUCAAGCGCCCCCCGCCAAGGCCCCUCCUGCCCCCGAGCCCUGUGGGCCGCCGCCGGGUCGCCGUCAGCAUGAGCCAGACCGCUGCCGUCCUGCCCCCGCCGGGCCCGACGUCCCGCUCCCUGCAUGUGGAGUUGCCGUCUCAGCAGCGUCGUCUCCGGCAUUUGCGGAACAUUGCAGCCCGGAAUAUUGUCAAUAGGAAUGGUUAUCGCCUCCUGGACACCUAUUUCACUCUUCACUUGUGUGACAAUAUAAAUAUAUGUAAAGAAUUUUAUAAGAGUGAGGUCAUAAAGAAUUCACUGAAUCCAACAUGGCGAAGCCUUGACUUUGGUCUAAUGCCUGAUCGUCUUGAUACGUCUGUAUCCUGUUUUGUGGUGAGGAUAUGGGGUGGCAAGAAUGAUACCUAUCAGCUACUGAUUGAGUGGAAAGUCAAUCUAGAUGGACUCAAAUAUUUGGGCCAGCAGAUACAUGCUCGUAGCCCGAAUGAAAUCAUUUUUGGGCUGAACGAUGGUUAUUAUGGAGCCUUGUAUGAACAAAAGGGCCUCUCAGGAAUCCAGAAGAAUAAUCUUCUUCAGGUGGAUCAAAAUUGUGUGCGUAACUCAUAUGAUGUCUUCUCUUUGCUAAGGCUCCACCGGGUGCAAUGUGCAAUUAAGCAGACUCAGGUAACUGUUCAGAAAAUAGGAAGGAAGAUUGAAGAGAAACUGAGACUUACAUCUACAAGCAACGAGCUGAAAAAAGAGAGUGAGUGUUUACAGUUGAAGAUUCUGGUGCUUCAGAAUGAGCUAGAGAGGCAGAAAAGAGCCCUAGGCCGAGAAGUGGCCUUACUGCACAAGGAACAUAGUGCGCUACUUGAAAGAGGGAAUUUAUUUGAAGAAGAACAUUCGAAGCUCCUAUUAGAUAAAGAACCUCUGCAAGAAUUAAGGAAGGAAUGUACCGCUAAGAGAGAGCAGUUCUUGAAGACCAAUGCUCAGUUGACCAUCAGACGUAGGCAAUUACUUUCAGAGCUUUCCUGUAUUUACCCUAUUGAUAUGAAUGAUCAAGAGGAUUAUUUUAUUUGUGGAGUGAAGUUGCCCAAUUCUGAAAACUUUCAAGCAAAGGAUGAUGGGAGCAUUGCUGUUGCUCUGGGCUAUACUGCUCACUUGGUCUCCAUGAUUUCCUACUUCUUGCAAGUACCACUCAGGUAUCCAAUACUUCACAAGGGCUCCAGGUCUGCAAUCAAAGAUAACAUUAAUGACAAACUGACUGAGAAAGAAAGAGAAUUUCCACUGUAUCCAAAAGGAGGAGAGAAACUGCAAUUUGAUUAUGGUGUCUUCCUUCUGAACAAAAAUAUUGCACAGCUUAGAUACCAACAUGGGCUGGGGACUCCAGAUCUAAGGCAGACCCUUCCCAACCUGAAAAACUUCCUUGAACAUGGGCUCAUGGUUAGAUGCGAUCGCCAUCACGUUUCCAGUGCCAUUCCAGUUCCAAAGAGACAAAGUUCUGCGUUUGGGGGUUUGGAUGUUGGCUUUUCCAGCAACCACCCGUCUCCAGACAAGGGGCUUCGAAAACGGGCUAACUCUGAGAACGAGAGACUGCUGUAUAAGACUCCCCCUCCAAGUUACAACUCUGCUUUAACCCAGCCCAUCGCCAUUGUAGGAGAGCCUGAGAAAAGGGGUGCAUCCUUAUCAUCCUCCUUAGACACUUCCAUCGACUUCUCAAAAGAAAGCAAAAAGGGAGAGGAUUUGUGUAUUGGUGUAAACGGUGAGAACAGGAGCUUGAGUGGUUCCCAGAAUCAGCAGGAGGCUUUCCGGGGACCUUCUCGUGCAAUAAAUGGCACCCCGUUCUCCAGCGAGCACCCCAGUACUGCAGCUCCCGAGCAGUCGGGUGUGUUCCGCGGCCCUCUGGGCACUGAUCUGCUUUGUACUGUGGAGCAAGCGGAAGAGAUCAUGGGCCUGGAAGCUAUGGGGUUUGGCUCAGGAGAUCAGCUCGCAGCCUUUAAUUACAUCCCGGUGGAUCACGCGGUGGCCGUGGAAUGCGAUGACCAAGUCCUGGGGGAAUUUGAAGAGUUUUCCCGAAGGAUCUGCGCACUGAACAAGGACACCCCCACUUUCCGCCGGCCACGGAAAGGUUCUGAUAAGUAGCCUUGGAUGCAGUGGUGGGGCUGCACAUUGCAAAGAGGACGUGAUGAUAUGCCUGGAGUGAAGAUAAAGCUUGCACUCAUAAUCCUGAUCAGUUAUGGGGUGGGAGGGGCAGUAGGGAAGAAAGCAACUCUUGCUACGGUUUGGGAAGUACACACGACCACCAUUUACGACCAUGUGGAUCAGAAUCUGCUUCCUCCCCUGUUUUUUUAAUACUCACAAAUUGCUUUGGCAAUUCAGUUGGGUCUUUUGCUCAUUUUUCCCCCCAAGUUUAUUAUUGAGGUUUCUUCCCAUCCUUUCAGGAGAGAUUAGCUCAAGCUUUUACCGGCAAGGCUGUGCGUGCCUGUCUACAGAUGUGCUCACGCAGGAGCUCGUGUUCUCAGCAGCUUGUUGCUUCAGCCAGGCCUCGCAGCUUUCUGGUUCAGAGGCACGCGCAAUGUUUUUGUUGUUGCUUUGCUUGGGAAGCAGAUGAUAAACAGUAGGAAGACCCGCCACUCGCGAAGCCUGGGCAACACUCCCAUCCCCACGCCACUUUAUUUCUUUCCUCCCUCCUCCUCAUUACUCUUGUGGUUAGCAAUUCCACGCCUGCCCCAGAGAAAAGAGUGGAAUCCCAUGCGUUUCAGAGGGUCGUAUGCCGGAGAGGCGAUCCGUGGACUGUACCAUUUGCUUCCAAGAAUAAAAUGAAUAUGCUUUAAAUGUCGCCCCAACUAAUAUGUGAUUAAGGGGCCUUCUCCAUUCCAGGAAUAAAAUCAUGUUUUGCUUUGAACCAGUAGGCAACUAUGCACACUCAAACCAGGCUUGUCAACGGAAGAUGCUGCUUCUAAAGGAUGCUCGCUUUCCUGCCUCCUUGGGGGUGAUCGGAUCUGCUACAGGAGUGUCUCAUGGGACCAUAAUCUGUAACAAAGCAGCCUGUGGGCGCAUUAUUAUUAUUGUUAUCAUUAAGUUUAUUAUUCACUAUUUCAACCUCAGUCAAACAGCGAAACAGUUUACAAACAUGCAAGCCAGACUUUGUACACACACACACAUGCAUGUGUGCACAUACACUCAGUGCAAUAGAUUUGGGAUUACCUGAAUUGGAUUGAAUUGAAUUGUGCUUUCUGCAGACUUUUUCAAAUCAUUUGAAUCUCUUUUUUUAAAUAAAGGAAACCGACCAAACAACCCAUAUUUUUAAGCUGGAGUUGUCUUCAACAGUUUAUCGACAGGGCAAAUUUGACUUCAGGUGAGGUAGUUCCCCACAUAUUUCCGACUGCACUAACGUAUGAGUGGGUUUUCUGGUCUGCUUCAGACUCCCGAGGAUCUGCCUUUUGGAGGUCAAAUAAGUCUAGCUCUUGCUUUCUACAUUGUGUAUCAAGGUCUGGGCUCAACUGUGAGCUCAUAAAUAUGUAUUGCAGAAUAAAAAUUUAAUUUAC